GGGGGCAGGUCUUCCCUUCUCCGCUGGGACUAUUUGCACGGAUAGUCGCAAGGCAGGCAGCCAGCCAGCGAUGGCCUUGUAGGGCUGUAGCUAGCUAUUUGCGAUGAAAGAUUUGCACAGGAUGAGACGACGAGGAGUGUGCAAAGAAACAUUCCAAAAUCUGCAUUUCAGCGUGACACACUGCAGUGAAAGAUUUGUCUUGGAAAAAUGUAUUCCGCGGAUAUACAGAAUGAAACAGCAGUGAAUCAACGCCUUGAAGGUAUUCACAGUCCGAGCUAAUGUUACUGUGGACGGCUGGGAGCUGUCCUGUAGCUAGCUGCAUGGAUAAUAAAGAAAAUGGUCAAGAUGGCAGCUCCAUUCGGAAUGUGAAGGUGCCCACAUUUGUCGAUGGGCAAUGUGUAGUGGAAAUAGAAUGAGCAAGUUGUAAAAGAACGACGCUUUGCCUCUUCCCUGCGUUAACUCUUCACUGCGUACGGUUUUUCCACCUCGUCGCCGCACGUUUCCAAAAAUAGGCUGCUGCAGUUUUAAAACGUCUGCAUGCACACUGUACACAUUUCUGCAAAUUGUACUGAACUGAGCUGUGGUCUGAGACGAAAAACAGUAGGGAUAAAGGAAUUCAUACUCCUUUUGAGUGCUAUUGCAGGUAACAUUUUGUAGUUUAUGUCGCUAUGAAUAUGGCUAUCGCGACUUCCAGCAUAAGACAGACGCACGUGGAGUUCAACUCAGCUGGAGGUGUGGAGUGUGGACAAUAUUCGCUCAUUAUGCACUGAGCAAACUUGCCAUCCGAAAAUGUUGUUUGUAUAAUCAAACCAAAUGUAUGACAUAAAUGUAAUGCAACAAUACUAAUAGCUCUCAUAAUAACUUUAACGACAAAUUGCUUUAAAAUGCAAAACAUGUAUCGUAAUAUGGAUGAAGCGUCGCACAAUGAACAUCUUUUGGAUGUUGCUAUAGACCCAGAUUUUGAACCCCAGAAAAGGCCGAGGUCUUGUACUUGGCCUUUGCCUCGUCCUGAGUCGGAUGCAGGGAAGCCCGAACCGACCGACAACGACGUAAUUCCAGAAGAGGAGGAUGACGAAAGUGAAACAGUCAAUGUCACCCCUCAGAAAACAAAGAUCUCUAACGACCAAAUCCGUACCACUACGCAACCCGUAGAAGUUCUGAACCCAGCUUUCAAAGAGGAGAGGAAAGACGGGUCUCCUUCAGCCACCCAAGUACUCGUCUCAGCGCUUGGCGGCUCCGCGUCACAGCCGAGGAAGUCCUCUACCCGCAGGAAUGCCUGGGGAAACUACUCUUAUGCAGACCUUAUAACCCAAGCCAUUGAGAGCUCCCCAGAGAAUAGGUUAACUUUGUCUCAAAUCUAUGAGUGGAUGGUGAGGUCUGUGCCGUACUUCAAGGACAAAGGCGACAGCAACAGCUCCGCAGGAUGGAAGAAUUCCAUCCGGCACAACCUGUCGCUUCACAGCCGGUUCGUGAAGGUCCAGAACGAGGGGACGGGGAAGAGUUCCUGGUGGAUGGUGAACCCAGAGGGCGGCAAGGGAGGCAAAGCCCCGCGGCGACGGGCCGUCUCCAUGGACAACAGCAACAAGUACAUCAAAGGCGCCAGGGGGCGUGCCACCAAGAAGAAGGCCUCCCUCCAGGCUGCUCAGGAAGCCAGCUCCGAGAGCUCGUCCAGCCUGUCCAAGUGGACAGGAAGCCCCACCUCCCGCAGUAGCGAUGAGCUGGACGCCUGGACGGACUUCCGUUCGCGCACCAAUUCCAACGCCAGCACCAUCAGUGGCCGCCUCUCCCCCAUCCAUGCCAACCUGGAGCUGGACGAGGUGCCUGACGACGACUCCUCCCUCUCCCCCAUGCUCUUUUCCAGCCCCAGCAGCAUGUCCCCAUCCACCGGCCCCACCGGCCUCUCUGACCUGGCCGGGACCAUGAACCUCAACGACGCGCUCUCCGACAACCUGAUGGACGAUCUCCUGGACAAUAUCAGCCUGACGGCGUCCCAGAAGCCCCCUGGAGAGGAGGAGGAUGGAGCCAACGCGCAGGGGAGUUCAGUGUUUACCUUCAGCUGCUCGGGGAGCAGUCUGGGCGUCCCCUCCGGCAGCUACGGCCCUAACUCCGUCUUCAGCCCGCCGUCCGUCACCAGCCUACGCCAGUCCCCCAUGCAGACCAUCCAGGAGAACAAGCAAGCCACCUUCUCCUGCAUCUCCCGCUUCAGCGAACAGACCUUGCAGGACCUGCUCAACAUGGAGUCACACAACCCCAACAACGUCAUGCUCACCCAGUCGGACCCGCUCAUAUCACAAGCAAGCACGUCCAUCAGCUCCCAGAACUCCAGGAGAAACAUUAUGCUGCUGCGUAAGGACCCCGUCAUGCUCACCCAGGCAGGCUCCGCAGCUGUCGGCCAGGCCCAAUGUCCUGCCUGGCAAGCUGGCUUGUCCGCCUCCGCUGAAGGGGGUUUGGGAGUAACAAACGACUCUGACCGCCAUGAAGCUAAGCAGCAUCUCCAGCCGUCUCCCAGCAAGAACUCCACUUUGCAGCUUGGCCCAGAACGUUUCCACACAGAUCUGGAUUUAGAUGUGUUCAAUGGCAGCCUUGAGUGUGACAUGGACAGUAUUAUCCGUAACGAACUGAUGGAUGCCGACUGCCUAGACCUGAGCUUCGAUUCUCACCUUGUCUCUGGCGAUAAUGCUAACAUCAGUUCUGGGAGCUUCUCUGGCUCCAAACAAACCAGCCCCCAGAGCUGGGUUCCUAGUUGAAGAGUCAUGCCAGAACAUCAGAGAAAACAGUGGUGAACAAGGGGAGAAAACGAGAGUUCACCAUCCUGAAUUAUGGAUCUUGAGGGAAGAGAACUUUAAAAUGUAAGCAUUAAUUGAUGUUUGAUAUGGUAGUGUGACUUUUUUUUUUUCAUUAUUGGGCAUUACAUUGGGAACUGUAUUUUUAAAUGUAUAAAAAAAGGCAUGAUGGAUGAGAUUAGCAAAUUUCUUGAGUCCCAUAUUUUAGAAAAGAAAGUUUGAUCAAGAUUCAUAGUUGUGUUCGCUGGACAUUGUGACCAUGAGGUGUUAUAAUAAUGCGUUAUAAUGAAUGGAUUUGUAGAGGUUAAUGUGAAAUACAUGUAAAUAUACACUUUAAGUCUCAGGGACCCAUCUACAUGAUGAGCUAUCACACUCAUGGAAAUAUUGUUUCACCCUGCUUUGCCUGUCAUUACAUCCUCUUAAUUGUACCUGAUGCGACACAAUGUUUGCCAAACCAGCUGUCAGCCCUCCUUGCUGAAGCUGGCCUGUUUACUGAACAAGCUGCAGAAAAUGGUACAUUGUUUUAGGAUUCUUUUUUGAAUUUCCCUAGCUGAAUAAGAAAUGAACAAAAAAAUGUUUUGAAAACAUCUUGCCUCCAUGCACCAUUUCAUGCAAUGUCGUAAAGAGCAACAAUGUUAGCUAAACGUGAAGUUUUUUCACAGUGUGAUUUGUAAGUGUUUACUAGCCCUCCUGUCCCUGUGAUUUUAGUAAUAAUUCUGAGAACUUCCUUCCUGACUGAAAAAGUGUUGUUCAUAAGGGAUUAUCCUGCCAGUUCCUUGCCCAUCUUUUCUUCUCACUGCAAUACUGGAAACCUCAAGAAAUACCACAAUGGAUAGAAUAAAACACACCGUCUAAAAAGGCUUCCAUUACAUAGCCAUAGGCAAUGUAAAGUGUCAAUAUAACAUGGAGUCCUACAUUAUCUGGGUAUGGAAGACGGAGGCCUGAGAGAAGCUAGCAUGCUAGUUUUUAGGUGCUAAGGGGAAACAAGUGAAAAUGUUUGUUAUCAGUAUUUUCAACAGGUGGUGAAAUAAUUGUAUGUUAAACCAUGUACAGCAUUUUACAAAUACAUUGUAUGAAUAUUGUAAAAGUGUAGAACACUAUCUUGAAUUUUUGCCAAAUUCUAUCCAAGAAAUAUAGAAGUGGAGAAUUUGCAGGAAGAGGUCGCAGGUUCAAAUACCACUUUACGUCGCUUUGGACAAAAAGCGUCUGCAAAAUUGGUAAAAUGUAAAUGAAGCAGUGGUAAGGCCGUAGCAUGCGGGGUUUCAUUUUAAGCGUGUAGUUCUAAGAAUAAUAACAUAGUAGCAACAUUUAAAAAAGUUUACAAUCGCUACAAUGGAGAAUUUGCCUGAUUUGGCUCUCACCAGUGUGCAAUCAAGCUUUUCUGCAUUCACUCAUCCUCUCUUUUAUUACAGGGAAAUUAUCUUGUUUUACUUUUUUUCUUUCACGUACAUAUGUUAAAAUUGUGUUGGCUGUGCAUGGUGCAGGCUGCUUUUGCUAUAGGUGCGUUAGAUCGCCCGCUCUCCUUCAAUGCAGUCUUGGCCUCAGAAGGGGGAAGAUAGGUGACGAAGGCAAGCAGACACGGCACACUUUGUUAAACAUUCCGCGUAGCAUCAGAAAUGCGUCGUAGACUAGUCCAAGGAGAAGAAAAUGAGAGCUGAAGAAGCCAAUUAACGACUUUAAGCUAUAUGUCUACUUUGUUGUGGUGUGACAAUUAUUAAUUCAUUAACUCAUUUCGGCAUAUACCAUGAUGGUCAACUUCAUAUCACUACUGGUUGUAGGAGUACCUCGCCAUGUACAUUGAGUAUUUGUUGAUGGCCAAUUUACCAAUCUAGAUAAAUUAACCCGAAUUUGACUUUUAACGUCUUUGACAAAACACUCACUGCCAAUUGUCUAGGCUACUUCUCAUCAGCUCAUAAUGAUGUUUGUAUUUCCAUGUUAAUACCCACUAAGGAUUGUAAUGUAGGUUAUACAACAAAUGGUGCAUGUAAAUAAAGCUGGUUGAA